UUUGUCAUUUGCCUUUAGAGUUGGCAGACAAACAAUAGCAAAAAUUGUUCCAGAAACUUGCCAUGCUCUUUGGACUCACUUAAAAUCAGACUGCAUGCAAUUUCCCUCAACACCAAAUGAAUGGAAAGGUAUUGCAGAAAAUUUUUUAAAAGCUUGGCAAUUGCCACAUUGCUGCGGAAGCAUUGAUGGAAAACAUGUGUUGAUGGUUUGUCCAAAAAAUAGUGGAAGUUUAAACUUUAAUUACAAAGGAACAUUUAGUAAUGUGUUGCUAGCAGUGGCAGAUGCCAAUUAUAAAUUUUUGUAUAUAGACUAUGGACACUAUGGAAGCGAGAGUGAUGGAGGAAUAUUUAGAAAAGUUCAGUUUGGCCAAAUGAUGGAAACCUGCAGAUUAAACUUGCCUAAUGAUGAUUACUUGCCAAAUUCUGAAAUUAUGUUUCCUUUUUAUUUCAUUGGUGAUGAAGCUUUUCCACUAAAAAGAAAUUUGAUGCGACCAUAUCCCAGACGCUCAGCUAUUAGCCGAUCACAACGAGUCUAUAACUAUAGACUGUGUCGUGCUCGUCGAGUAGUGGAAAAUGCUUUUGGCAUUUUAAGUUCUCGUUUUCGAAUCUUCAAACGACCAUUAACCUACAGUGAAGGUAACACGACAAAGAUGGUAUUGGCAGCUUGCAUAUUACACAAUUUUCUUAUAAGAGAGUCAGCUUGUUACAUUAAUGCUGGAGAUUGUGAUUCUGAAGAUGAACAUGGCAACCUUAUCCCAGGGAGGUGGAGAGCAACAGAUGAUCAAAUGAGAAGUUGCACACAGGUAGCAAGCAACAUGUACUCUACUGAAGCAAGAGAAUUGAGGAAUAAAUUAGCAGACUAUCUAUGUACCACUGGAUCUUGCCAUAGGCAAUAGACUAUCAUAUUUUUAUUACUAAGGUUCAAUAAAGAAUUAUUUUUAUUACUCUUGUGUUUUAAAGACAUUGUAACAAAUAUAGGUUUUCAAAAAAAAUUUAUUAAUAUAGCAAAAUUAAUUAAAUAAAUUACAUUGAUCUAUUGAAUUCAUUAUGUAAUUUACUGAUUCUCUUCAUCAUUCACGGCAUCGAUCUCGAAAAGAAUGUCCUGAAUUUUUUUCAUUGCCGUUCUUUGAUUUUUGCUGCUCAUUUUGGCCAGCAUGCUUUCAACAAACUCGCAGAACGGUUUUAUAUGCGAUUUGUUUUUUUGUAUUGCAGCAUUUGCUUGCUGCAUGGCUUCAGCAGACAUUCUAAAUACUGCCAAUAAUUCUUCCAUUUGUGGAUCACUUUUUCUGCCAUGUUUUAAAUGUGAAAUGCUGUAAAGUACAAAGUAUAUAUCACAAAUAACAUACAAACAAAAAGCUUUAGAGUAGUACAGACUGAAUGUAUGUACAGUACCUGCUCUCUGAAGUUUCCACUGGUAAUUGUGAUGAUGCUGAUGAUGAUGAUGCUGAUGAUGCUGAUGCAGGCCUAUAACAGGUAAAAAGCAAGAGUAGGUAAAAAGGCAAAAGGCAAUCAGUGAAUAACUAUUGGAGUGCUUACCCAGGAAGAAAUACUUCACUGUCACUGGGACAGGAAAACUCUACUGCCUCAGCAUAAAGAGGCUGAACAUCUUCUGGUUGGUCUUCUGCUGGUAAAGCUGGUGAUAUGUUGUUGAUGGUUCUGUAUUUAUACAAAAUUGAAUAUAAAAAUUCUUGCUUCAUCCAUAAAAUGUAUUCUUUUUUAACCUAAAAUACUUACUCUUCAUUUGUUUGAGGACAGCGCCUCAUAAACCCAUCGAUGACAUUAUAUAAGUACCAAUGUGAUACAUAUAUGUCAUCCCUACCACUUCCACUUCUUUUGCUGUCUUCCACUUUUUUAUUCUCCCUUGUGUACCGAUCGCGCUGCGUUUUCCAGCGGCUUUCAGCACUGGAAGCAUCUGUAACAUAAAAAGUUUAUAGAAGUGAAGCUUUUGUACAACUUUUUCAUUAUUCAUUCAAUCACAUGCAUUUUAAGCACUAAAAUACAAUAGAAAAAUAAUCCAUAUCAUACUCAACUAAUUUAUUGCUUGAUACAUUUCUGACAACACACUCAAAUAUAAUAAAAUUUAAUUUUAGAACAGAAUAAUUUAGUAUAUAAAUUUAACUGUAAUUGUAUAAUUCCAGUGACAUACUUGUAUAUAGGUAAACAAACAGAAAAUUAAAAACUUGUAAAUGAACACAUGGGAUAUAACCAUAAUUAAAUACAAUCAUCAUAAUUCAGCAGUUGUAAAACACUAAAACUUAAAUGAUUGUGAAAUAAUAAAAGGAAUUCAUAUAGAAAAAUAA